AUGUCGAAGAACGACAACGACGUUGGCACAGGUCUCGUCGGCGCACCGGCAUGUGGCGACGUGAUGAAACUUCAGAUCAAGGUCGACCCGACCAACGACACCAUCACCGAUGUCAAGUUCAAGACUUUUGGAUGUGGCUCGGCAAUUGCGUCAAGUAGCUACUUGACGGAAUUGGUGCGAGGCAUGACGUUGGAGCAAGCCGGUCGAAUCCGAAACACAGAGAUUGCAAAGGAGCUUUGCUUGCCUCCAGUCAAACUUCACUGCUCGAUGUUGGCUGAGGAUGCCAUCAAAUCAGCCAUCAACAAUUACUACACCAAGAACCCCAAGGCUAAGCAGACCGACCUUGGCGGCGUUUAUGGCGCUGAUGUAUCCAGGGAGAGGCGCAAUGUCGAGGAUGCACGCCGUCUCUCACUGGGACCACUUUGA